UUCUUCCACGUGUGGCGCGCGGACGCCCAUGACGGAAAUGGCCAAGAGCGCAUAGAGCGCGACGAAGACCAUCGCCAUCUGUCCCCACGUGCGACAGGCGACGCAGGCGGCGCCGGCUCCAACAAGUGUGAAGGGGCCGAGCUCGCGGUAAUCGAGCAAUGCUCGCGAGAUGCGCACGACCCGGUCCAGCAUCGUCGCCGGCGCCGCGUCCAAUUCGUCGAGGCACGCGUGGAUGACGGCCUGGACCAGGUGCAUGCGCCGCAGACUAUCGGUCUCGCGGAGCACGUGCAACCGGAUGUCGCGCACGGCCCGCAGGGGCGGCAGCUCGUUCACGAGUGCGGCGGACCAAAGCCCGAGCGCCUCGAAGUCGGAGGGCGGGUCGGCGCCCAGGACCUCCAUCGUGCCCAUGUCCAGUCUCCCCGUUCUCUGGAACGUCACGCGAAUUAGACAUUGAGACGCCGCCGUCAGUGCCGCCGCGGCGGCGGCGAGCGUCGCUUCCUGCUGCGGUAGGAUGGCGUCGUCCGUGAGCUCCGAGACGACGGCGACGCGUAGGUUUGAGUUAUCCUGCCAGUCGCGCUCGCAUCGCAGGCGCCUUCGACCGACGACCUCGAUGUAGUAGCGGCCGUCGCGCGACUGGUCGAGCGACGUUAUCUCGACCUCGCAGAGUACUUGUGCGCCGGGACCCGCCAUGGCAAAGGUCGGCGGCUCGCGCUGGCGCGCGCGCGCCACCAGUUGUCGAUAGCGCGGCUCGAAGAUGUGGAGCUGCAGUCUUUGCUGCGGCAGGACGUGGUAGAGCUGAAACACGCCGAGCGUCCGCUCAGUGACCGGUACGAACGGCGGCGCCUCAUUGGCUCGAGCGGCGUACUCGGCCGGCGCGAGGCGGCGGAUCGCCGUGGCCAGCGCCGAACUGACCGGCAGGUUUGCGGGGACGCCGCGCCAGCUCGCUCUACAUGUCGGGCAGCGCGGGUCGCGGCGGCGCGCCUCGCCGGCGCAGCGCCGGCAGAACGAAUGCCCGCACGGUCCCGUGUAGGGCUCGUAGAGGAGCUCGACGCAGAUCGAGCAUUCGAACUCGUCAAGAUUCUCGGCAGCGGCGUUGCGCGUUGACGAGCGCCGUAGCAUGAUGACGUGACGCGCGUUGCGGGCAGCGGUGUGAGUCGUGUCACAGAGCACAGCUGGCAGUGUGAGCUUUAAACGUGCGCACGCGUCGUCGCGUUGCUUUUGACGUGGACGGAUGUACUUGGAGACCUACUUUAUGCGCUCACAACGUAAAGCUAGGCACUCGCGUGGUCUGUGCUGUCGUUUGCUGUUGUGUUCGUCGCGGGUAUUUCCUCUCACGAUUGAGUUGCAUUUGGAGCCUAAACACAGCGUAUUUGGAGCGAUAACACUGCGCACAACAGCAGCUGAUAGCUGACUGUAUCAUACAGACGUGUGACAAAGUACGGCUGCGCUCGACGCCGCCGCAGCGAGCACAACAACUGCAGCUAGGCGCCGCAGCGAGCACCACAACUGCAGCUAGGCGAUGGACCAAGGGCCAACCAAGCGCCAGAAGACCGCCGACGCCGUCCUGCAGCCGCUCGGCGACGAUCAGAUCAAAGCGAAACAAAGCGAGUACGCGACAGCCACGCCGUACCCCCACGUCGUCCUGAGCCCCGCGAUCGACGACGCCACCCUGAAAAACGCGCGACGCGAAGCCAUUCAUGAAUUGAGAGCGGACUACAAGGAAACGGACCUGUUUAAGGUGUAUCAGGUGCCGCACGAUCUUGGCACGAUAGAAAGGACCGCACCGCACCUCGCGGACAAGGCGCCUUCACUGUUACGAGUUAGGGACGCCCUCUACUCAGAGUCGACGCGACGCCUCGUGGAACGGAUCACGGGCUGCGGUCGCAUCGGCGACACCGUGGACUGCUCCGCGAACGUCUACAUGCGAGGAGGCCACUUGUUGUGCCACGACGACGUCAUCGGUAACAGACUUGUGAGUUUUGUGCUGUACCUCGUGGACGAGGACUGGUCCGAGGAAGAUGGAGGCGCCUUCGAGCUCUUUCCCGUGGUCGAUGGGGAGCCCUCACCGAUCCCGUGCAACCGAGUCGAUUGCAAAUGGAACUCUUUAUUACUGUUCAAAGUCGAACCGGGCAAGUCGCACCACGCCGUCGCCGAAGUGCUUGGAGACAAGCCUCGGCUCACGAUUAGUGGAUGGUACCACGCGCGGGAACAGAGGGACGGCGCCGCGGCUCGGGCGUCGUCCUUGGGACAGCUUCGCGUUGUUGAACAGCGUUCUUUCAAGAGUUUUGACGGGGAUGACGACGAGGACGACGUUGAUCGUGCUUUGUCGAGCGACGACGUCUCUGCGCUUGGGGCGUGGGUCGCGCCGGCCUAUCUGGACCCGGAGGCGUGGCCGCGUUUAAGGGACCACUUCGCGAAUGACAGCGCCGCUCGAUUGGUGGACUUUUGUCGUGAUGAAAUUGCGAGUGAGAUCUCAAAAAGUGAGAUGGCGGGCCCUCAUGACACCUGGCGCGUCGUGGGCCCGCCGCACAAGCGGCGCUACGGCGUCCCCCGGGGCGACUCGGACCUCGGGCGAGCUUUGGCGAAGAUUGAGCAUGGUGCGUCAAGCGCGGCGUUUCGACGGUUGCUCGCGAGGAUCACGGGCGUGCGGCCCGUCGCGCGCGAUUCCACGAUCAGAAGGUUCCGCCCGGGCCGCGACUACACGGUGGCCGUGUCCGGGGACCCCGUUCCUGUUAUUGAUGCGACGUUUUGUUUUCUGGGGGGUUCCGACGACGAGGCGUGGGCGUCCGGCGAAGUCGGCGGCUUCGAGACAUAUAUAGAGGCCGAGGACGAGGGCGACGCCGACGCGGCGGUCUACGCGGGCGAGAGUGGCGAGGGCGGCGAGGAGGGCGGGGAUUUGCUGUCGGUCGAGGCGCAACAUAACUGCCUGUCGAUCGUGCUGCGGGACCCGGGGACGCUGCGCUUCGUGAAGUACGUGUCCGCCUUCGCGCCAUCGGCGCGCUGCGACGUGGAGGUCGUGUGUCGGAUCCACGACGAGGAUUUGCCCGAUCCGGACGCCUCGGGCGACGAUAGCGAUGAGUAGUAAAACCAAUAUUAGGGGGGUAAUCGCGC